AUGUCUACUGAGAGGAGCACAGUAACAAACGCACCGGAAUCCACGACGACCGGAAUAGCGAUCUGUCCACCUGGUGUGUUUGGCAACGUGCCUCACCCGGAGAAGUGCGAUUCAUUCUACAUGUGUGCAGGCGGAGUUGCCAUCCCACUAUUUUGUAGCAAUGGAUUCGAAUUUGAUCCCAAACUUGGUCAUUGCGUCCUGAUCAGUGAUAGUGGUUGCACAGCAUUAAAAGUGUCUACUGACAGGAGUACUGUAACAGAUCCACCAGGGUCUCCGACUGUGAUCUGUCCACCUGGCGUGUUUGGCAACGUGCCUCACCCGGAGGAGUGUGAUUCUUUUUACAUGUGCGCAGGCGGGAUAGCUAUUCCGCUUUAUUGCAGCAAAGGAUUUGAAUUUGAUCCCACACUCGGUACCUGCGUUUUGAUCUCCGAUAGUGGCUGCACAGCAUUAAAAGAGAGAACUACUAUUACUAACGCACCUGAAUCCACGACGCCCGAAGUAGAGACGACCACUGGAAACGCGAUCUGUCCACCCGGCGUUUUUGGCAACGUGCCUCACCCGGAGAAGUGUGAUUCAUUCUACAUGUGCGCAGGCGGAAUCGCUAUUCCUCUGUACUGCAGUAAUGGGUUCGAGUUUGAUCCAGCACUUGGUAACUGCGUCCUGAUCUCCGAUGAUGGUUGUACCGCAAUGAAAGGUAGCACUUCUAUACCAAACAGCAGUGCAAAUGACAUAACCGAUGGUCACAGUGACACCACGUUAGAUAAAACCGACACGACAAAACAUUCUACAGAAUUAGAAGAAGUUGUUACCUUAUCCACCUCCCGUACGGAUUAUACGAACGAGGUUGUAUCUGAAAGUACACCGUCAAAGUCAACCGUAACACAAUCAGAGGACCAAACAACUACAAAUGCAACUAUAUAUACUGCGAAGAGCACUGUAACAAACCGGCCAGAAUCUACAACACUUUCGCUUGAAACUACGACAGAAGUUGCGAUCUGUCCACCUGGCGUGUUUGGCAACGUGCCACACCCGGAGAGCUGCGAUUCAUUCUAUAUGUGUGCAGGAGGGACUGCCAUUCCGCUAUAUUGCAGUAAUGGAUUCGAGUUUGAUUCCGCUGUUGGUCAAUGUGUCGCAAUAUCUGAAGAGGGCUGUACAGCGCAACAAAAAAGGACAACUUCCGGUGAUGAAGUAGAAACAGAUGAUAAAGACACAACGAUAGAUGCAGAAGACAUGAAUACUAGCGAAUCACCUAGCGUUGUAGAAGCCGAUUCAACCUCCACCACAAGAGUCACAGAUGAGAUAGUAGAAACGACAACAGAAGCAGCUGUAUGCCCACCGGGAGUAUUUGGCAGCGUACCACACCCAACUCUAUGCGACGCUUUCUAUAUGUGUACGGGAAACGUUGCGAUACAGCUGUAUUGUGGUUCCGGAUUUGAAUUCGACCCAGAGCUUGCACGGUGCGUGGUGAUAUCAGACAACGGUUGUACAGCAAUGAGAACA